AUUACACAUCUCAUCACCACCGCGGGCGUUCGUGCCAUGGAUUUUUAGUGGUGGCUCGUCACUUCGCCCUCUACCUUCAUACCUACGAUACCCUCUUUUCUCGUUCCGUUCGGCAGGGCAAGCAGUCGUGUCGCCAACGGCCGAGGGGUAAAGCGAUGCCGCACAUCGGCGUCCUUAUGGAGCGCAGCCUCCAAGAACGCAGCCUCAAAGAUGCCUUUAGGGAUCUCCUCUCGCGGAGUGCCAUUGCUGCGUUGAGCAAGCGGCAGACUCUCAGUUCCGUCCAGACUGCCUUCUCGAGUUGGGACAAUUGCAUGGCUGCCGACUUCUGCAAGUGGCCGGUCAUUGCCGUAAUUGUUGUUGGCGGUCUAAUCAUCGCCUCGAUCGUCUGGUGUAUCAUCCGAUGCGCCUGCUGUGGUCUUUCGUGCUGCUGCCAAUGCUGCUACUGUCUAAAGUGCUGUGGCGAAUGCUGUGGAUGCUGCACUCCUCCUCGAGACAAGAGGCACAAGUACCUCGACGAUCCAUUCAUUCCGCCAAACCACGAAGCAAACCAGGGCUAUCGCACCCAAGCGAACCAAGGUUAUCACUCCCAGGCCCCCAUGAAUCCCACGAUACCUACCGCGCCACAGUACGCCGAAUUCGAUGUGAGCAGUAAGAAAGAUGCAGACGCACUACCCGCAAUGCCGAGCUGGGAGGACGCGCAAGUCCACAAGGUGCUGGUUGAGGAGGAUGCCGUCGAGAUGAAGCCUCUACAGAAGCCAGAGAACGCCCAGAAUGUUUCCCCGGGCCCGAACGCUGUACCGACUGCUGGCAACAUCUCCCAUUCUACGACACCGAGCCCUAUCUCUGGGAACGGAAGCCCCUACGGACCCCCUCCGGCGCAGGGAGGCCCCAACGGAUAUAUGGCAGCAGCACAGGCUACCGCCGACCCGUAUGCUGCUAAUGGGCAAGGCUAUGGCAACUAUAAUAAUUAUAAUGGAUAUGGGCAGCCCGCACCAGGUAACAUGGAUCAGGCGUAUGGUGUGGCAGCAGCGGCAAGCGUGGGGCGUCGAACACCUCAUCAGGACUACAAUAACGGCUAUGAUAAUGGUUACGGCAGAGGCGGGGUGGAUCAGGUAUACCCUCAGUCGCGAACGCCGAGACCGUACAAUGACGAAUACGGACGCGGUGGCGGCGCCCCCGGAGCGUACGGCGCCGGACCUGGCUACCGGGCGCCGCAGGGCGGCAGCCCGUACGGCAACCCUGGCAGGAUGGCAUCACCCGGCCCGCAGGCCGGUUAUGGUUAUGACAACCCUACCCGUAUGGGGUCACCGGGCCCGCAAGCCGGCUACGGCUACGACAAUCCCUCUCGUAUGCGAUCCCCCAUCCCGCAGAUCGGUGCCGAAUAUCCGCCGAGAUCCCAGACGCAAACGCCCGCCAGCUACGCCCGCCAGUACCCCUCGGCGCCCCCCCAACGGCAGUACUCGAACGACUCGAGCCGGCCAUUGGUCCAGCCGGCGGCGCAAGACUACCAGUACUCGUCAGAGCGCCCGCUGUCGCCGAUCCAGAACAACGCUGGGUUCGACUUCAACUCGGGUUACAGCCGGCCGACGACAACGACGCCGGCCCCCGAGGCGCAGACCGCAAACGGUGGGACGGCCUACCCGGGCUACCGCACGUAUAGGCCACAGGGUGGUACUUAGAGCGAGUAACCCCACCCCGACCAUACCACGCCAUUCUAGUCCGUUCUCGAAUACUAGGCGAUACCCAGAAGAACGAGAGAAGCAUGAAAAUGGAGGAGAGAUGAUUGGCAUUUUUUUUUUCACAUUUUAUUCUGUCUGAAUACUGCGAAGUUGGCAUCGGCAUU